UAUCGUUGUUCGACUUAAUGUUUUAUCGAUAAAUUAUCGAUUUACAAAAACAGUAAUGUUGUGAAUAAACCAACACUAAAUAAAACAUCAAAGCCAUUUGUUUGUAUUCUGUGGUUGUGUUUAUAUGGUGAAAAAUGAAUACCUAAUUGCUUGGUUUUGAUAAAAAGAUUAUGAAUUAUUGCUUGUUUUUAUUAUAAGGUAUACUUUAAAUACUCUUUUAAAAGAUUGAAAUAAAAUUUGUAGUAGUGCUAACACUAAACAAAAGGUGUUUCAACAAUUAUUCGAAAAGUUGCGAGUGUUAAUACUUUAAUGAAUAUUAAAAUAGAAUGGUGCAAACCUGCUACAUUUGCAAGUGGAGAGCAGAUAGAGAGCCAAGAAGAUCGUUUCAUAAAUUUCCUUUUGUUGAGGCGGAGAAGCAAAAAUGGCUAGAUGUCAUAGGCAAGAGUAACGUGUCCCUGGGCAAGCGUACUUCGGUGUGCUCAAUACACUUUGAAAGGUCCUGCUUCCGCUACGGGCUGGUCAACGGGCGGGAGCUGCUGCGGCAAGGUAGUGUGCCCACAUUGCAGCUCACAAGGCCACCAGAGGUAGAUCCUUACGAAGAUCUAUACAACAUGCAUCAAGUACAUGAUAUUGAGAUAAAGAUUGAGCCAGAGGAUUGGGAGGUGUCUGGUUAUGGUGAGGCGGAGAUGAACACGGAUGUACCAAAUACUGAUCAAGUCCCUGCCAGUCAAGAGAGCGUACAUCACCUCAUGAAGACAGAAACUGAUGUACAAAACAGUGACGUAACCAAAAAAGUUAUUGCUAUAGAAGUCCCCCAAGCUCCAAAUAUAAAAACUACAGCAGCAAGGAAUAAACAGAAUUCAGUAAAGCCGGUAAAAAUGGACUUUUCCAACCGAAAGGAGUUCCUCAAGAAGCAAUCCUUAGUGAGAAUGUUGGUGGAGCGGUUGAGAAGAGACCAUGUGAAAUUGAAGAACUAUAUACAGACCUUAGAGGAGAGACAGAAGACUGUCAAAAGGAGAAGGAAAAAGAAGAUAGAAGUGACAGUUGAAUAGUUAUUGUAUCUAACUUAGUAUUAAUGAGAUUUGCUCACAAUUGCAGUGAUCUAAAAUGAAAAAUCCAACAUUUAGUAUAUUUAAAUUGGCAUAUUAAUGUUUGUUAAUUUAUGGUUGGUAUAUUUAAAUUAUACUAGUACAAAUCAUGUGGGUAUGUUGUGUAUGGCAUUUGCAUGCAUAUGAAUUAAAUUAUUCAGCAAAAUAUAUUAAAUAUUUCUAUGUCUUAAAAUGCUUAAUUCCGACUAUUAAAGUAAAAUAUAGAGGAUCUACUUUACAUUAAAGUAAAACAAAUACUAUCCA